UUACACGCAGAAACAUGUCGGACAAGACCCAGCAACCCUCUCUCAUUGGCGGCCAUGCCCAAUACGUAAAGGGCGCAGCAGAGGGCGUCAUUGGUAGUGUCACCGGCAACACAGCAUGGCAGCAAAGUGCCGAGACCGACAAGCAAGGCGGCAUCGACGCCAUGAAGGCCGCAUCCGCAAACCGCGAUCCCGCCACCGAUGGCUACGGCAAGGUUGAGGAAGUCGCUGGAAAGCUGUCCGGCUGUGAGGGCAUGGAGAAGGAGGGUGCUCAGUCUAAGAAGGAGUAAGAUUUGAUGCGAGUAAAGAGGGAGCAAGACACUUUGUGAGACGGUACUGUUUGAAAUGAGGAUGAAGUUACGAAAUCAAAGAUAUGUUGAUCGAGCUCUGCGACGUCUUGUGUGUGUGUGUGUGGAUGGUAUUGAGAUGGAUGUCUUGCUGAUGAUAUUCGUCCUGACGUCUUUUCCUGUUCGGUACAAGUAGAGAGAGGUCAAACUUGUACAUGAACCGCAGCUCUUUGUGGAACAUCCUCCGAUUGUAGCGACUCGAUCUCGAUACGCACCAAAGCUACUAGCUACGUUCAUCCUGAGCCGGUUCUGAUUCCAACAAGCAAGCUACCACUACCACCGACUCAAGACCCUUGGCCUUGAAACCCUCCGCAACACAUUUAACCAAAUACCUCAAUAUUU